AUGAUUUUAUUUAAUCUAGUUUACUUGAUAUUUUUGUCAACUUUAGUUGUUGGUCAACAGGUUUCUGGAAUAUUCACAGCAUUAAAUUCACUUGUGUUUCAAAAUGGUGCCAGUUAUCCUUUUAAUGCCCCAUUUGACCCAAGUUGGAUAGCUACUGUAUCAUGGAUCAUUGAUGGUACCCAGGUUCAAUCAGGAGAUACAUUUACUUUAAACUUACCUUGUGUUUUUAAAUUCACUACCACUGCUACAACAAUUAAUCUUCAAGUUAACAGUCAAAUAUUUGCCACAUGUACAAUGAGAGGAGGUGAUAUAGUUACAGCAUAUUCAGAAUUAGACUGUACUUUAGCCAACACUGUUACUGGAUCUACUUAUGCUAGUGGUACUAUUACUUUUCCAGUAGCUUUUAGUGUUGGUGGAUCUGCUUACUCAUCUGAUUUAUCAGAUUCAACUUGCUUUACUUCUGGAACCAAUACAGUGUCCUUCUAUGAUGGUACUAAUCAACUUUCUACUUCUGCCAAUUUCCAAGCAGGUGCCCCUUCUUCUGCAUACAAUACCAAUAAUAUUGUUUUUAUGAAUAGACUUAUUCCUUCACUAAAUGAAUUAUUACAUUUAGUUGAAGCUGGUGUAUGUACUAAUGGUUAUACAUCAGGUACUUUAGGAAUACAAGUAACAAACGGGGUCUUGGAUUGUUCAUCAUAUCAUACACAAAUAACUAACACUUUAAAUGCAUGGUAUUUACCCGAGAACGCUCUGCCUAUGCCUGGAGUUAGUGUGACAUGUUCUAGUUCUCAGAUAACAGUGAACUAUAAUAAUGUUCCAGCUGGUUACAGACCCUUCAUAGAUGCUUUAAUAUCACCAACAGGAGGAACAUUGAUUACAAAUUAUGCCAAUACUUAUGUUUGUGCUGGUAGUCGUAUAUCUACAAAUAACGGUCAAAAUAUUCAAUGGACAGAUUAUAGUAAUUCUGGUAUAGGUGGAAACGGGAAUAUUGUUAUAAUUACAACUUCUACUUGGACUGGUACUACAACUGAAGUUACUACGCUACCAUAUAACACUGCGCCUGGACAUACUGAAACUAUUUUAGUAAAAGUACCAGUCCCAACUGUUACAACUACUACUACAUGGCUAGGGUCAGGUACAACUACAUCAAUCAUAACAGGUACCGAUGGUACUGAUACUGUUGUGGUAGAUUUACCUAUUCCAACGGUUACUACUACAACUUCGUGGGAUAACACUUUCAGCUCCACUACAACAAUCCCGGCUACACCCGGAGAAACCGCAACCGUAAUUGUUGAAGUUCCAAAACCUGCGACUACAAUUACUACGUUAUGGACCGGAUCAUACACUACCACUGUCACCGAAAGUGGAUCUGACACCAUUACAGUUCUCGUUGAAACUCCAGCUGAACCAACCACUACCAUCACUACAGUAUGGAGUGGGUCAUACACUACCACUGUCACCGAAAGUGGAUCUGAUAUUGUCACCGUUAUUGUUGAAACUCCAGCUGAACCAACCACUACCAUCACUACAGUAUGGAGUGGUUCAUACACUACUACAAUCACCGAAAGUGGAUCUGAUAUUGUCACCGUUAUUGUUGAAACUCCAACUGAACCAACCACUACCAUCACUACAGUAUGGAGUGGUUCAUACACUACCACUGUCACCGAAAGUGGAUCUGACACCAUUACAGUUCUCGUUGAAACUCCAGCUGAACCAACCACUACCAUCACUACGUUAUGGACCGGAUCAUACACUACCACUGUCACCGAAAGUGGAUCUGACACCAUUACAGUUCUCGUUGAAACUCCAGCUGAACCAACCACUACCAUCACUACAGUAUGGACCGGAUCAUACACUACCACUGUCACCGAAAGUGGAUCUGACACCAUUACAGUUCUCGUUGAAACUCCAGCUGAACCAACCACUACCAUCACUACAGUAUGGACCGGAUCAUACACUACCACUGUCACCGAAAGUGGAUCUGACACCAUUACAGUUCUCGUUGAAACUCCAGCUGAACCAACCACUACCAUCACUACAGUAUGGACCGGAUCAUACACUACCACUGUCACCGAAAGUGGAUCUGACACCAUUACAGUUCUCGUUGAAACUCCAGCUGAACCAACCACUACCAUCACUACAGUAUGGAGUGGGUCAUACACUACCACUGUCACCGAAAGUGGAUCUGACACCAUUACAGUUCUCGUUGAAACUCCAGCUGAACCAACCACUACCAUCACUACAGUAUGGACCGGAUCAUACACUACCACUGUCACCGAAAGUGGAUCUGACACCAUUACAGUUCUCGUUGAAACUCCAGCUGAACCAACCACUACCAUCACUACAGUAUGGACCGGAUCAUACACUACCACUGUCACCGAAAGUGGAUCUGACACCAUUACAGUUCUCGUUGAAACUCCAGCUGAACCAACCACUACCAUCACUACGUUAUGGACCGGAUCAUACACUACCACUGUCACCGAAAGUGGAUCUGACACCAUUACAGUUCUCGUUGAAACUCCAGCUGAACCAACCACUACCAUCACUACAGUAUGGAGUGGAUCAUACACUACCACUGUCACCGAAAGUGGAUCUGAUAUUGUCACCGUUAUUGUUGAAACUCCAGCUGAACCAACCACUACCAUCACUACAGUAUGGAGUGGUUCAUACACUACUACAAUCACCGAAAGUGGAUCUGAUAUUGUCACCGUUAUUGUUGAAACUCCAACUGAACCAACCACUACCAUCACUACAGUAUGGAGUGGUUCAUACACUACUACAAUCACCGAAAGUGGAUCUGAUAUUGUCACCGUUAUUGUUGAAACUCCAGCUGAACCAACCACUACCAUCACUACGUUAUGGACCGGAUCAUACACUACCACUGUCACCGAAAGUGGAUCUGACACCAUUACAGUUCUCGUUGAAACUCCAGCUGAACCAACCACUACCAUCACUACAGUAUGGACCGGAUCAUACACUACCACUGUCACCGAAAGUGGAUCUGACACCAUUACAGUUCUCGUUGAAACUCCAGCUGAACCAACCACUACCAUCACUACAGUAUGGACCGGAUCAUACACUACCACUGUCACCGAAAGUGGAUCUGACACCAUUACAGUUCUCGUUGAAACUCCAGCUGAACCAACCACUACCAUCACUACGUUAUGGACCGGAUCAUACACUACCACUGUCACCGAAAGUGGAUCUGACACCAUUACAGUUCUCGUUGAAACUCCAGCUGAACCAACCACUACCAUCACUACAGCAUGGACCGGAUCAUACACUACCACUGUCACCGAAAGUGGAUCUGACACCAUUACAGUUCUCGUUGAAACUCCAGCUGAACCAACCACUACCAUCACUACAGUAUGGAGUGGAUCAUACACUACCACUGUUCUCGUUGAAACUCCAGCUGAACCAACCACUACCAUCACUACAGUAUGGACCGGAUCAUACACUACCACUGUCACCGAAAGUGGAUCUGACACCAUUACAGUUCUCGUUGAAACUCCAGCUGAACCAACCACCACCAUCACUACGUUAUGGACCGGAUCAUACACUACCACUGUCACCGAAAGUGGAUCUGACACCAUUACAGUUCUCGUUGAAACUCCAGCUGAACCAACCACUACCAUCACUACAGUAUGGACCGGAUCAUACACUACCACUGUCACCGAAAGUGGAUCUGAUAUUGUCACCGUUAUUGUUGAAACGCCGAUUAGUGUUGUAUCUCUGUUCAGUGGAUUUUUCAAUGUUUCUUCUAGUUCGUCGUCCACGGAGAAGAAAUCAACUUCUUUAAAUGCAGUUUAUUCUAGUUUUAUAAAUAGUGCUUCUUCAACUACGAGUCCUACACCCGAAAUAUCGUCUUCUUCUAAUGUGGUUUAUUCAAGUCUGAGAAGUGCGGUUUCUUAUUAUACUAGAUUUUCUACAUCGUUAUCUUCUUCCAACAUUGUUUAUUCAAGUCAGACACUUACCGAGUCCAGUGAAACUAGUAGUGGUUCAAAACAUCUUUCUAGCCGAGAACAAAGUUCAACCUCAGCUUUGAGUAUUGUGAAGAAUUAUUCCAGUACAUCGAACUAUUUGGACACAGAAACUAAUACGGCCACCGUUACCGAGUAUCAUUCAACAAAUAUCGUUAUAAAUAGAUCGUCAAAUGAAGCAAGUACACCAAUAACAGGCUUGCAUUCUUCUAGGGUUUCAGGAGGAGGUGAAGUAGUUCAGAGUGUCACUUCAGGUAUAAGUGUGCCUCUAAAAGAGUCAGCAAGUGGGUCUGGUUCUCAUGCUACUUCGUAUAUAACAAACAACCCAAUCACGUCUGUUUCGCCUUUGUCCAAUCCCAAAAUCCAUACUCUGACUGUUAACAGCAAUGGAAUUGUAACCAUUCAAACCAAUGGGGAUUCUAAUAAUCAAGGAACUACAACCGUACCAUCUCCAUUGAUUUCACAACAUACUGCAAUUGCUUCCGAGGAAGCAAGUGGAUCCAUAUCGCAACUUGGUACGAAAUCUACUUCAUUAGCUGCAUCUGAAUCCAGCUUUUCAGCAGAGUCCCCCUCUAUUAAUACAUAUGAAGGUUCUGCUUCCUCUAUAUUUGUUUCACCACUCAUAUCUGCUAUACUUGUUUUGUUAGCUAUUUUGUUGUGA